CGACCAUCGCCGCGCAAAUCUCCGUGCGAAACAGCUCAUAGAAAAAUCUCCCGCACUAAUCUUAAUUCUUAGUACUAUUGUUUACCCACAUUUCAAACUGUAACUGAAUAAACAGCUCAUAAAGAAAAACCAAAACACAAAGAAAGAAAGAAGAGAAACCAAGAUUUGUCAGCCAAAUUUAAUACAAGAAGAAAUAGUCAGUAAAUGAGGGGGAGCAUCAUCUCCUCAUUUAAAGCUCUCAACUACAACUCCCUAAUUCUACUGCCACGGCCCUGUCUUUUUAAGCGCCAUCACUUUCAUUUUAACAACAUCAAUUACUAUUAUUAUCUUUAUCCUUUCGUCAGACCUCCUUUCGGAAGCUCUUCCUUCUCUUCCUCCUCUCACUGGUCGGGAUCGGAAUCAGGUUCAUUCAUGGAGGUGGUUAAAGCAGCUUGUAGGCAAGGAUCAUCUGCUGCGGACAGUAUAGCAAUUCGAGCUGAUCAAAACAGUUACACUUACAGGCAACUCGUCGCCUCUGCGUUCAAUAUAUCUAGGCUGUUAUCCAGCAGCAACGUAAAAAUUAAUGAUGGAGUCAUUAGUGGGCAUGGAAAUCUUGGCGGAGCUCGAAUUGGUAUUGUAGCUAAACCUUCUGCUGAGUUUGUAGCUGGAAUGCUGGGCACUUGGUUUAGUGGAGGUGUUGCUGUUCCACUAGCCCUCAGCUAUCCUGAGGCUGAGCUCUUGCAUGUUAUGAAUGAUUCAGAUAUAACCUUUGUAUUGAGUACUGAAGAGUAUCGUGAAACUAUGCAAAGUGUAGCUGCUAGAAGUGCUGCACAGUUUUCUCUUAUUCCUCCUGUUCCCAAUAUUUCCUCAUCCCCAAAUGUUACUGAUCAAAUACAAAUUGGGGAGAUAGAAGCAGAAGGAAGUUUGAUAGGUGAAAAUCCAGCAUUGGUUGUCUACACUAGUGGUACAACUGGUAAACCUAAAGGAGUAGUUCAUACCCACAAGAGCAUCACUGCUCAGGUGCAAAUGCUGACCGAAGCUUGGGAGUAUACAUCUACUGAUCAGUUUCUGCAUUGUCUACCACUACAUCAUGUUCAUGGGCUUUUCAAUGCUUUACUCGCCCCUCUAUAUGCAGGCUCAACGGUUGAAUUUAUGCCAAAGUUUAGUGUGAGGGGAAUUUGGCAAAGAUGGCGUGAAUCAUACACAAUAAAUGGGAUUAAGGCUGAUGAUGCCAUUACUGUUUUUACAGGAGUUCCAACAAUGUAUACUAGAUUGAUACAAGGUUAUCAAGCAAUGGAUCCAGAGCAACGAGCUGUAUCUGCCUCUGCAGCAAGACAGUUGCGUCUUAUGAUGUGUGGCUCCUCUGCACUUCCUCAACCUGUCAUGCAAGAAUGGGAGACCAUUACAGGACACCGUCUUUUGGAACGGUAUGGGAUGACUGAGUUUGUCAUGGCAAUAUCAAAUCCCUUAAGGGGUUCACGGAAGGCGGGAACAGUUGGCAAACCAUUUCCUGGAGUUCAGGUCAGGAUUGCCGAAGAUAAAAGCGGGGGUGAUAUGAUGGGUGUGGGCGAGCUUUGUGUUAAAAGUCCUUCAUUGUUUAAGGAAUACUGGAAACUUCCUCAGGUAACUAAGGAAUCAUUUUCUGAUGAUGGGUUCUUCAAGACUGGGGAUGCUGGUAGAGUGGAUGAAGAUGGAUACUAUAUCAUUUUGGGACGUACAAGUGCUGAUAUUAUGAAGGUUGGUGGAUACAAAUUGUCUGCCUUGGAAAUUGAAUCAGUUCUUUUAGAGCACCCUGAUAUAGCAGAGUGUUGUGUGUUGGGCUUACCAGACAAGGAUUAUGGAGAAGCUGUAUCUGCAAUAGUGGUGCUGGAGUCUGAAACAAAAGGGAAACAAGAAGAUUCAAAUUCUGCUUUGAGUUUGGAAGAGCUUUGCAGCUGGGCUAAAGACAAACUUGCUCCAUACAAGCUACCAACAAGAUUAAUGUUGUGGGAUUCUCUUCCUCGUAAUGCUAUGGGAAAGGUUAACAAGAAAGAGCUGAAGAGACAGUUGGGUGGUGAAAAGUAAGCUGACCUUAUUGUAAAGUGAGAAGCUUAUAAUGGUUCCCUUGUGCCAAGCUCUGAAAUGACAAAUAAGACAUAAUUUUUUUACAGAUUUACUUAAUUUUAACUAUUUUAUGUGGCCUUCCCACAUAUUUCUGAAUGAAGAAAUUGUCUUUGAAGGGUAAA